GCAUUCUCUUGGAAGAAAAAUCAGAAUCGGUCAGCCUUACGACCUUCAUAAUUUUUUUGUAACUGAAUAAAAAUAUUGGGGGUAAAAAGAUGUCGCUUAUAUUUGGGAGACUCCGGCCCAUUGUUACAACUCUUGUGAGACAAAAUAAAAUAGUAGCGCUGCAGCAAAACAGUAUUAGGAAUUCUGGAGAGUGAGUUUUCUGUCUAUUUUCGUCCCAGUCCAUACAUUCGUUACAAUAUGAUAUCAAUAAUAAUAAUAUAAAUUAAUACUAAAUUAGCCUAACUUUUUUUUUCCCCCAACUACUAUCUGGCUUUACUUUGUAACUUUGUAUUUAAUUUUUAAAACUGUGAUCGCAUUAUUACUCUUUUUACUAGGGCCGGCGCUAUGGUGCGGGGCCUUGGGAAAAUUAAAUUUUGCGGGGCCGUUGACGUUAUAUAUUCCGUCGAUAGAAUAUUAUUACUAUUACGGCUACGGUGGUCCAUGGGUCAAAAACAAAUUGUCAUGUUUCUUAAUUUAAACAAACAUUUUUUACUACAUACUAUCUAUACACUAAUAGAAAGAUUUUAAAAAAAAAACAUUGGCUAAGUUUAAUUUGAAAUUUUUUUUUUACUUUAAUUGCAAAAAAAUUAUAAUUUUGUACCAAUUUUUAUUGUUACGCCCCAAGUACGCAAAAGUUAUUGAAGAUAAGAGGUUUUACAAUAUCGCAAUCAAACUUUGCACAUCGAUAAUAACAUUGAGAAAUGUGCAAUUAAUAAAUAAUUAUUAUAAAUAAUAAUUGUUUAGGAGUAGGUUGUGCCGUCUGCCACUACUUCCUGGCAUCGGUCACUAGGAAGCUAGAGAGCCAUGUUUUGGUAGUGCCUUGGAUCCCAUAUCUCAGAAGUUUGUGUAAUACUUUGUCAUAGAAAACUUUGAUUAACACAAUCAAAACCCUUUGUUAAGUCCAUCACCAGCACAUCAGUUUGGUUGCUGUUCUCCAGAUUUGCAAUACGCCCACUGCCCACUGGAUUAAGUAUAAACCACAUAAAAGAUAUUGAGUAACAGACCGGUAUAAUUGAAACUUCUUUUGGUAGCAUAAAACAAGGAAUGUAGCAUGUAUGUAUGGCAUACAUUUAUUAGUGUUCAUUUCAUGGCCAGUAAGAAUACAGAAUGUGUAGCGAGUUACUCCGUUUUCUUUGCUUUAUAAUAAUCAAUUUAAUUCUCUGUUAUUAUAUUAUUUAUUUUAUAUUUUAGUAUCACCUACCGAGGCCAUGUUGUAAGUAAAGGUACCAAGUUUACUCAUUACAGUGGAGAACUUUUAAGCUUUUUCCUGUGGUACUGGAUUCUUUAUCACUGUUGGUACGACUUUGACCACUUGUUUGUAAGUAUCUGGUAUAUCAUUAUAUUUUAACAUUUAUGAACAAAUAUUUAUGGUUGAAAAUUCCCUUUAUUGUGCAUGACAGACAAUCCAGACAAUAUAGUUUAAAAUUGCCAUGGAAAAUUUAGUUAUAAGUUAUAGUCAAAGAUAAACUUCUUUUUUUUACCAAUGUGUACUUUUAACAGAUGAAGCAAUUAACUCAUGUAUUAUAUGUGUGGCAAAGGGUAGAUAAUUCACAAAUUCUGUGUUGUAUCUCUGUUAUAGAAGAGACACCAGUUUUAUCCAAAUCAACCUCAUGUGUAUAUAGUAUAAGUAUAACUUAGGUGUAUCAGCUGGGGAUCAUUUGUUAUGAAAUGUGCAGUAUAAAUCAAAAUGUGUGAUACCGGUACUUUGUUUUUAAUAUUGAAGUUCCUAGAUCUUUCUAAUAUACCGGUAUGCAAGGACAGUAGGCUGCUUUUAGUUAUGCCUAAGAAGACUUAUAACUGCAAUUCUGAACAUGGAUGACUCAAAUAACAUUUAUCUGAUUUGAAUUUCAAUAAAAACUAGUUUCAUAUUGUGCCUAAAAUUCAUGACUGUUCAUAGACAGAAAUAUUGAUGCAAGACCCCAAUAAUUAUAUAUUUUUAGAAAGGUAAAUGGAUGGGGAUAAAGUUGGAUAUUUUGCCCACCCGUAAACAAAAAUUUGUUCAGUGUCUUUGACCUUGGAGUGUUCAACUUCAAGAAAGAAAAAAAAAUCAACAAAAUGUCUUGUUUUGAAGUGCUCAUAACAUCAUUAAUUUUUAUAGAUUCCAUUAAAAUGCCAAUACAAAUGUGGUACCGUAACCAAUUCAUUCAUCUUUCAGAAAAUGUAUAGUUUGCUAAGGUUUUGAUUACAAUUAAGCCUCUGAAAGCAAUUUUAGAAUUUUAGGUCAUUUUUAUAAGAAACUGGGACCACUGCUAAAACCAAUUACAAAAUACAAAACCUCAGGCAAAAUAGUUAUUAUUGAAUAGUAAACAUUUAAAAAGGAACUGUAGAACCGAUUUGGGUUGUUAAACUAUAAAAUUUAUUAGUUCUGAUCUAUAAUCUGUAGCUUCUUUGACUAAAAUUCAGUCAGUCCUUGCCCAACCUCUGGGCCUAGCACGAAGUCAAACAGUAGCCUCAAUUUCAAUAGGCCUACUUCAGUAUCACUAAGACUAGAGAAGAAUCUGAAGUGAGAUGUCAUGGGGAAUGUUAAAAUCAUCAUCAGUAUCACUUAAAUCCUCUCCUAAAAAGCUUUCAAAAAUAUUUAUAUUAGUUUUCGCAUUGAAGGCCCGGCCAUAGCUUCCGCCAUUUUUGCUUUUAAAAAACAGCAAUAAAAAAUUCCGAUUAAAAAGUACUUAUUGUUAAGUUAUCAAGAAACAUCUUGACCUGGAAAUUGAUUUAAUUAUUAAUGCAAGGAAAUGGCUAUGAUUUCAGUUAAAUAUUGGAUUGGAAGUUGCUAUCGGACCGUGUUUUUUAUCGGCCGAUUUUUUCGGCUGCCACAGCACAGAAUGAGAAUAUCGGCCGAUUUCGUCGGCUGACCACGGUUCGAGGGUUAACUGUUAAAAUUUCUAUAAUUUAUAGUAUAAUUUAGGUUUUUAUUAAUUAUAGCAGUUUUUCAAUCCCAGUAUCAGUUGAUAUAUCCUUACAAUUAUGUGCCUCUGCAUUACAGUAGUUUUAAAAUAUAAAAUGUACAUUAGAGCAUCUAUUUUACAAACUGCUUUUGUCUCUUUUUUUAUUAUCGUACACAAUAUACAAGGGAUGAAGCAUUGGCGUGCAAACAUCAGAAAAAAAUUCCAACCGCUGUCGCACUAUCUAUAUAGUAUUUGUAUCUUCUGAAUAUUUUACAUUCCUAAAAGGGUUAUUAUUGAUUUAGAACAGGGGUUUGAAAACUACAGCCUGCGGUCAUAAACCGGCCGGCCACCACUAUUUAUAUGGUUGGUGACCAAAGUGGAAUUUAUCUUUAACAUUUUUAAACGUAGAAACAUUAAUGGAAUUAUAUAUGGCCUCCUAAAGCUUUGCCUUCACAUAUUGCUUGCUUGAUGGUCCCCAAAGGGAGGUGCUGUUAUACUUACCAUUCCUCCUGCAUAAAUGAGAAUUUUAAGAUGACUUGUAUCAAAAAUAUAUGUUUAAUCAAUUAAAAUAAUAAAUAGAGAAAAAACAAAAUGCCCCACUUUUCCCAAAGUAGAAGCACAUAAAAAAGAUUUAGAACCCACUCCUUUUAAUAAGUUUCUUGUGGGACAUUUUUUGUUUCUAUUUUGCCCUUUAAGUAUUGUUUCCAACACUACUGCACUACAUUGUUCUGAAGUACCACUAUAUAUUAUGUUUCAAUGAUUCCACAGGCAGACUUUACAUAUAUUUAUUAGAAUCAUCUUUUUGAUAGGGCACCAUCUCAUUUUGAGAUUUUGCAUACUUACUGAAUUAUUUUUUAAGAUUACAAAGUGAAGUUUUUGAAAGUUAAAUAAAUAAACCCCCCCCCCCCCAAACUUACUUUUUUUUUUUCCAUAGCAUGAUAGUCACUUCCCAGAUGUAAAGAAACUGACAAAUGAGGAGCUUGGAAUCCCACCAGAUGAUGAGUGACAGUAAUGCUCGUGCAAAUUUAACUUAUGUCUAUAGUAACAAGCUCAAGUGCUUGUAUUGCAGAAAUGAUCUAAAGUAUCUUAUGUAUAGUUGAUUCAUAUUAAAUUUAAUAGAAUUUGGAAUUUACAAUCUCGUUGGCAUUUUUUUCUUGUUUGGAUAGAAUUUGAAAGAGUGAAAAAUUAAAUACAGGUCAUUAAAAGUUAAGUUUCUUGUUUUUCUUAACGUUUAACCCUACCAGACCGAUUUUUCAGUAAUUUACAAAUCU